AUGCUAUCAACACCAACUUCACCCGCAAAACACGUUUCACGACAGCAAAACAGAACAAACAACAGACAUUGGAAAUCAAAAAAUGCAACGGAUUAUACAAUUCCCCCAAUAUUUGCUUUGAGAGCGAGCGCCAUUAUUGAGGAUACUCUCGAGAAGCUUCAAUUAUUGGAUUUGCUUUCCGGAGAUAUUAAAGAAUUUAUGGGAAAUGAUGAUCAAGAUGACAAGGAAGACGGAGAGGAAGAUGCUUUAGAUCAAGAAACAAAUGCGGUGGCAAAUAUUUUAGAAGACCAAAAAGUUCUAGGAAAGAGAUAUGAGGAAUUGUCAUACUUUCUCAGAGCGCACAAGCAAGAUAAUACAAUGUCACGAUCCAUUGAGGAAAUUAAUCAAAUCAAAGAGGAGUUGGAAUCCAUUCAAAUGAAGUUGAAAGACAACACUCGCAAGCUGUGUAGAAACCUAAAAGAAACUCCCAACGAAUUAGAAAAUUGGAAAAAAAUUCAAUCAGAACGUCAUGAAAUACAAACGAUUUUUGUCACAUUACUUCGAGAGAUUCAAGCAGGUUUGAUUCCUCCUGUUGCAAAAUCAACAACCCCUAAAUACAAAGGCCUCAAUUAUUCUGCUGUUGCCACCACUGAGGAAAAUGAAGAGGACAGUGAGCAUUCCUCAACACCGCAAAGUAUUAGACCAGAUGUACCCUAUGAAUCUUUCAUGAAAAAGGUUGCAGAAGAAAAAGAAAAGAAACAAUAUCUGCAACAUAUUACUGAAAUUGAGGGAAAAACGCUUGAACAAGUCAACAAAUUAAAGAAUGAGGUUAUCAAAGAGAAAGAGCUGAAGAAAACUGAAGUGGAUGACAGAAGUACCAAGGUUAAUACUCUACUCAACAAAUUAAGAAAACUGAAAAAGUUAACUGCAGAUGAGGACUCCAAGACACGUGCCACAGAAGAGGCAGCAUUUGAGUCUAGAAGAAGAAGAGAAAGUAGUGCAUUAUUGAAAUUAGAGGAGACGUCACUCAAAAAGAACAUUGAACUGGAGGUAGAAAAGAAUGUUUUCUCUCAAAUUAAAAAUUUCCUCGAGAAAAAGACAGAUGAGUUAAAGAGAAAAGGAGAAUAUUGGAGAGAAAAGUAUGAGAAAGAGUCUGAAGAAUUAAGAUCCAAAAUAAUUCACUGGGAAGCAAUGCGAGAGGAACAGAUCGACAAGCUAAAGAAACUUGAAGAAAAAUAUGCUCUUGAAACUCAAGACAAACAAAUUCAAGAAGAGUUCGACAGGAGUACCAAUGCAAAGGAGAAAGAGGACGCUGAACGAAAAAUCCAAAUGUCUGCUGACAUUAUCAAGUUAGCGUACAAAUGUUAUAAGGCCCGAGAAGAUUUUGCGAAUCGAAAGAAAAAGAAAAAAACAAGAAGCGCAAGCAACCCAAAAAGUGCGUCAAAAUAA